AUGAUGAAGGAUGGAAUUAGUAUGGAUCAAGGCCUAAAAAGGGGAUUUUUCACACCUCCAAUUACCAAUCCUAAGUUUGAUUCUACCCAAUCGAUUAGUGAAUCAUAUAAAUCUACGGAUCAGACGUUGGAAGUAUCUUCUCAAACUUCUGAUAGUUCUAAUAUAAAUCCCGAUUCAUUAGUGACUCAGGAAGAUGUUGAGAGAGAAAUUAAUUGUCUAAGGGAACUGCCAUUAGAGUUAUCAAAAUUGAUUGAUUUAUUUAUUGCAGAUUUAAAACAGCCAAAAUAUAUCAAACCUUUGACUAUUAAUCAGUUAUCAUCUAUAUUUCAGGGAUUUUACGUUAAAUUUGAUAAAUCAUGUUUCCAAUAUUUGAGUCAACUAAAUGCUACUACUAAUAGUAAUUCGACGACAACCACUUUUUUGACUGCAAGGGAAACUCUAAGUAGUGGUUUAAGUGGGAUAUUUGCUAGAAGUAGGAGCAGUAGUGGCAGCUCCAUUAUGAGAGUAAGAAGAUCAUCUUCUUUGUUUAGUAAUGACUCAGCUACUGUGACGCCAAUGUUAACGCCAGAUGAAAUUAACAAGCAAUUGAAAAAUAAUGAACUUAUGAACCUAAAAAUAGAGAAAUACAUGGAGUUUUGUGAAAGAGAAGUAUUUAAACGUAUUCUUGAAGUGGGAAUUUCUGUUCCUACUCAAAAUUUCGAUGUUAACAAACAUAAGAAAUCACAUAGCGAUAAAGAAACCUUUAGGGUGACAAACUUAUUCAGAAAUAGUCCUGAAUAUGGAAAAUAUAAUAAACUUCUAGAUGAAAAAUUCCAAUGUUUGUUAAAGUUAGAGACCCAACAAGAAAUUGACUUUAAAAAGUUUUUAGAUGUUCCAGAAAGCUUCAAAGACGAAGAUCUACCUGCAGCAAAAGAAAUUUUAGAAGAUCUAGUCUCCCAUACGAUUUCUCCCUGUGAAAAAUCAAACUUGCUUUUAAAAUUACAUGAAUCUAUGAUAUACUCACAAAAUAUGUCAAAUGAUGAAUUUUUGUCGUUGUUAAUAUAUUACUUAAUUAGAAUCACACCACAGAAUAUUUUCCUCACAAUACAAUUCAUUAGGUUAUUCAGAUACAAGAAAAAAUUGGUCCAAAAUGAACUAUACGUUUUAACCAAUAUCGAAGCAGCGUUGGUCUUUAUAGAAGAUCUAACUUUAUCUGACUUCCCUGAAGAUAUUCAAGGGAAAUUAACAGAUAAUGAAAUAAAGAUUUUAGAACAUAGCAUUUCAAGCAAAGUAGACAUCCCACAACUUUCUUCUAUUUAUAACAAUCAAAAUGACACUAUUCAUGAACACAACUUAGAGCUACCAUUAGCUAAUGAGGGAAAUAAUAUUAGUUCUUAUGAUGGCAUUAGAUCUGUUUUUGAUGCAUCGUUAAGAAAUAUUAUUGGCAAAUUCAGACCAAGUUCCCCACCAACAGCUAAUGUUUCAAGGGAAUAUAAUUUGCCACCAGCGGUAUCCAAGAAAGUUGACGAUGAAAGUGGGAACUCAACUAUUAUAUUAAAAACUCCACCACCACCAAUUCCCUUUGAUAAUUCAUGGAACAAGUAUAAGGAUUAUAAAUUUGAAGAUCUAAAAAUUAGUGAAAUGAGAGAGAUUUUUGAAAUUUAUCAAAAAAUAGUAGAAGAAAGGGCAGUUUAA